UUUCCAAGAUGGCGGCAGGGGUGGCCGGGUGGGGGGUUGAGGCAGAGGAGUUCGAGGAUGCCCCUGAUGUGGAGCCGCUGGAGCCCACGCUUAGCAACAUUAUCGAGCAGCGCAGCCUUAAGUGGAUCUUCGUCGGGGGCAAGGGUGGUGUUGGAAAGACCACCUGCAGCUGCAGCUUAGCAGUCCAGCUAUCCAAGGGGCGGGAGAGUGUUCUGAUCAUCUCCACUGACCCAGCCCACAAUAUCUCGGAUGCAUUUGACCAGAAGUUCUCCAAGGUGCCUACCAAGGUCAAAGGCUAUGACAACCUCUUCGCCAUGGAGAUUGACCCCAGCCUGGGUGUGGCAGAGCUGCCGGACGAGUUCUUUGAGGAGGACAACAUGCUGAGCAUGGGCAAGAAGAUGAUGCAGGAAGCCAUGAGCGCCUUCCCAGGCAUCGAUGAGGCCAUGAGCUAUGCAGAGGUCAUGAGGCUGGUGAAGGGCAUGAACUUCUCGGUGGUGGUGUUCGACACAGCGCCCACAGGCCACACGCUAAGACUGCUCAACUUCCCCACCAUCGUCGAGCGGGGACUAGGCCGCCUCAUGCAGAUCAAGAACCAGAUCAGCCCCUUCAUCUCACAGAUGUGCAACAUGCUGGGCCUCGGGGACAUGAACGCAGACCAGCUGGCCUCCAAGCUGGAGGAGACGCUGCCUGUCAUCCGCUCCGUCAGUGAGCAGUUCAAGGACCCUGAGCAAACCACCUUCAUCUGUGUGUGCAUUGCUGAGUUCCUGUCCCUGUAUGAAACGGAGCGGCUGAUCCAGGAGCUGGCCAAGUGCAAGAUCGACACUCACAACAUCAUUGUCAACCAACUCGUCUUCCCUGAUCCCGAGAAGCCCUGCAAGAUGUGUGAGGCCCGCCACAAGAUCCAGGCCAAGUACCUGGACCAGAUGGAGGACCUAUAUGAAGACUUCCACAUUGUGAAGCUGCCACUGCUGCCCCAUGAAGUUCGGGGGGCGGACAAGGUCAACACCUUCUCUGCUCUUCUCCUGGAGCCCUACAAGCCCCCCAGUGCCCAGUAGCACCACCACCAGCCCCAGCUGCUGCCAUUUCACACUCAGCCGCCACCCACCGGGGCAGAGUUUGCACAAAGUUCCCCCAUAAUACAGGGGAGCCACUUGGGGGAAGGGAGGCGGGGAGGGGGUCUUUUCCCCCUGGUGGGGCUGGGGGAGCUGUAGCUGCCCCCGCACCUCUCCCUGCCUCUCCUCCCUCAAUAAAAUGAUCUUAAACU